GCAGCUGCUUCGUGGUGGUUGAUAUGGAAGUGCGCCACAUAAUGCACGUAAAUUUGUGGUUGUUGCAAGUUGUUGUUUUUUAUUUUGUUUUUUGAUAAAUUAUAUGCAAAAAAUGCCUGAAUAGAUUUCAAAGUGUCAGCUGUCCGGUGGCCUUGCCAGCCUGUGAGUCAGUACCAUCCAGCGUGCGGAGCGGACCCGCGCGCUGACCGCCGUCCGCCGAGACUGGCCGCGGGCACAGCUCUGUGCCUCGCCCCUCCGCCCCCUCCGACACUGGCCGCUGUCCGUGCUCCGCAGCCGCCGUGGACCGCCGAGCAUGACUGAGGUUGGCAUCCAGACCGAUUCCGAGCCGCUGCUGCCGCCACCCGCCGCCGACCGCGCCGCCGCCGCCGCCACCGCCGCCGCCGAGAAGGCGGGCCGUCCCAUGUCGCGGACGCGCUGUCUGCGGCUGCUGCUCCUGCUGACCGCCGCCGCCAGUACGCUGGCCAUCGUCUACUUCGCCUACCUGUGUCCGGCGGGCGCGUGCGGCGGCGGCGGCGGCGGCCUCGGUCUGGGCGCCGGCGGCCCGCCGGGCGCUCCGCUGGCCGACCGGCAGGGCCGUCCGCGGCUGCCCUCCGCUGCCGACUCUCUCAGCUUCGACCAGCUGCUCAGCGAGGGAGUGCGCUUCGACGUCUCGGGGGACGACGUCAUGGUGUUCCUGCAUAUCCAGAAGACGGGUGGCACUGAGUUUGGCCGCCACCUGGUGCACGACCUGGACCUGGAGCGGCCGUGCGUCUGCUACCGCCGCAAGAAACGAUGCCAGUGUCUGCGGCCGGGCCGCGACAGCCGGUGGCUGUUCAGCCGCUACUCGACUGGCUGGCGGUGCGGCCUGCACGCCGACUGGACAGAGCUGACCGCCUGUGUGGAUGAGGCUAUGGACCAGCUGGAGAGAGACCGACACAAGCGCAGGUAUUUUUACAUCUCUCUGCUGCGGGAGCCGGUGCAGCGCUACCUGUCCGAGUGGAAGCACGUGCGGCGGGGCGCCACCUGGAGCACCAGUCGGCACUGGUGCGGCGGACGGGACGCCACAGAGGCGGAGCUGCCACACUGCUACGACGGCGAGGACUGGUACGGCGUCUCGCUCAACGAGUUCCUGCGCUGCGACUCGAACCUGGCCGCCAACCGGCAGACACGCAUGCUGGCCGACCUGCACCUGGUCAACUGCUACACGGGCACCGGCAUGUCGGCGGACGAGCGCGACAGGGUCAUGUUGGCCAGCGCCAAGACCAACCUGCGCCAGAUGGCCUUCUUCGGGCUGACCGAGGACCAGCCGCGCAGCCAGUACAUGUUCGAGCAGCUGUUCGGGCUGCGCUUCCAGACGGCGUUUGCCGCCUACAACCGCACGCACGCGGAGAGCGCGCUGCGCGCCCUGCGGCCUGGGCAGCUGGAGGAGGUGCGACGCAGGAACGCGCUCGACCUCGAGCUGUACGAGUACGCGCGCCAGCUGCUGCAGGAGCGCUUCGAGCGGAUACGCGCCGCCGACGACCACUUCCGCGAGCAUAUGGAUGCCCUGGGCACGGUGGACGAGCGAGGCUCGACCGAACUGGAGCACCAGCGACGGUGAUUGGCGCUCCUGGUGGUGGCCGCGGCGCUGAUUGGUCGGUGAGGACGCCGGGCCGCUGGUGAUUGGUCGGUGUGAUGCGAUCCAUCGCACGAUCGCUGCUGCUCUGAAAGCGACUCGCUCACCGGUGCGGCCUUUGGGCUUUUUAGGAAGAAUGCAGGUCUACUCAGCUCUCACGAUACUGCUAUGAAUGCCGGCAGAGAGCAACUCUGGAGAUUUUAGGCUGCUUCUCUGAUACUCGCGGUCGGCCGCCGACCAGUGUUCACCUCUGCACGUGGGCUGUUCGCUCCCACCACCUACCCACCGUGCCCCGUGCUCAGGCGGUGACUUGGAGUGACCAGGCGAACUCGGGCCCUGCUGUUAUUCAUGACUGGCCUCGGGACUUUCUAUGGAUCAGUGUACCGUUUUUGAAUGUUUCUCUAUAAUCACCUAAGGCUUGGCCACGUGAUCAGCUACUUUACUAUUUGUAAUUCGCAUGGCUGAUACUACUUCCGCUGC